GCUCCUCCCGCUGCUCCCAGUGCCGCCGGGGCUCGCGGGCUCUGCGGCUUCAGCGGGCUGCCGGGGCACGGCCGAGCAUCCUCGGGCCGCCGGGAGCGGCAGGAGGCGGCAGGUGGCCCGGGGCUCGGCGUGGUUCUCUCCCGUCUCCUCGUCCCAGUCUCCUGGGGGUCGGGGACCGGCUGCGGGACCCCCCCGUCCCCGUCCCAUCCCUUUCCCCGGCAGCCCCGAAAGGGCGGGCGGAGAUGCCGGCAACGUGAGCGGGGAGCGGAGCCCCCCGGCCCCAGCCCGGCCCCAGAUGCAGUCUGCAUUAUUUUGAAUGAGCCCACUGAACAUAGAGCUCGCUGAAGAUAGACGUGUUAGUCAGGGCAGAUGUCCAUUUCGUUGUGUUUGGGGAAUAUGUUGAGAACCCCCAGACAGUAAAGCUCAACAUUCUCUACCUUGGAGGCUCUUUCUCUCCCUUUUGUUGAUAAAGAUGAGAAAAAAGUGGAGAUUGGAGGAUUUUCGUUUUAUCUUUUUUGGUGUGGUCUGUCUCCUUUUCGUAGAUGGAGGUAAACUAGAACAAGUAAAACAUUCGGAUACAUACUGUGUGUUUCAAGACAAGAAGUACCGUGUAGGAGAAAGAUGGCAUCCUUACCUAGAACCAUAUGGACUUGUUUACUGCGUUAAUUGUCUCUGCUCAGAGAAUGGAAAUGUACUGUGCAGCAGAAUAAGAUGCCCGAGCCUACACUGUCCUUCCCCUGUGCAUGUACCACAGCUGUGCUGCCCACGAUGCCCAGAGGACUCCCUUUUCUCAGUAAGCAGCAAAAUAACUGGGAAAUCCUGUGAAUACAAUGGCACCACCUACCAUCAUGGAGAAAUGUUUGUGGCAGAGGGGCUUUUCCAAAACAGGCAAGCAAACCAGUGUGCCCAGUGCAGCUGCUCAGAAGGAAAUGUGUACUGUGGGCUGAAGACUUGUCCCAAAUUAACUUGCUCUUUCCCAGUUUCUGUUCCGGAAUCCUGCUGUCCAGUCUGCAGAGGAGAUGGGGAGUUAUCCUGGGAACAUGCCGACGGAGACAUCUUCCGGCAGCCAGCCAACAGGGAAGCUAGACACUCGUACCACCGCUCCCACUACGAUCUGUCGCCCAGCUCCGCCAGGCAGGUGGUCAAUGUUCCACGAUUUCCCAGUGCCAGGAGUAACCGCGGAGUCCUGCCAGAUCCCCAGCAAGCAUCCGGAACAAUCGUACAAAUUGUCAUCAACAACAAGCACAAGCACGGACGAGUUUGUGUUUCAAAUGGCAAAACAUACUCCCAUGGUGAAUCUUGGCACCCUAAUCUCCGGGCCUUUGGAAUCGUGGAGUGUGUGUUGUGCACCUGCAACAUCACCAAACAAGAAUGUAAGAAAAUUCAUUGUCCAGAACAAUAUCCCUGCAAAUACCCUCAGAAAGUAGAAGGAAAAUGCUGUAAAGUCUGUCCAGAAGAAGUGCCAAGUCAAAGCUUUGACAACAAAGAUUACUUCUGUGGGAAAGAGACAUUUCCCGUCUAUGAAUCCGUUUUCACAGAGGAAGGAGAAACCAUCAGAAAAAUUGCAGUAGAGACUGAAAAGCCACCCCAAAUAGAAAUACAUGUGUGGACAAUUAGAAAAGGGAUUCUGCGCCACUUCUACACUGAGAAAGUGUCCAAGAGGGAAUUUGAAGAACUUCCCUACUUCAAGCAGAUAACAAGGACAACCCCUAGCCAGUGGAAAAUAUUUAGCGAGGGAGAAGCUCAGAUCAGCCAAAUGUGUGAAAGCAGAGUGUGCAGGACUGAGCUCGAGGAUUUGGUAAAGGUUUUGUACCUUGAGAAGUCUGAAAAGGGUCACUGUUAAGGGAGACAGCACUGGAGGGAGAAACACAAGAAAACUUAUGAAAACUUGGAUCUGCAGCUGGACUGCAGGCUUAUUUUGCUUAAGUCAACAGUUGCCCUAAAAACCAAAACUAUAAUGCAGUAAUUAUUCACAUCAUGCACAGCAAAUUUGCUGCUUUAUGUGUAGUGGUCUGUGUCAACCAAUUCAAAUAUCUCCUCCAAAAGACUAGGAGGCUCUGUAUUACUGGUGGAAGAAGGAGAAAGAGAGACUGUACUUUCCCAGAGCUGCAUUUCUUUACAAGUUAAAAAAAGAAAACAGAACAUUUUUAUUAUUAUUAUUUGGCAAGUUAUUCAAACUAAUGAAAAGAAGGACACCUAAUAAAUGUGCAGGAGCUAUGGAGAGCA